AUGUCGACACCUACCAGUUCAAACACUCCUCCACCUAGCUCCCUGGGUUCCCCUCCACUAGCCCCUCCAACAGUCCCUCCACCAACACCCUCCUCAACCCCUCCCCCGCCGACACCACUCUUCACCGCCAUCCACAAUCUGUACGAAGCCAAAAGAGCCCAUAAAUUGACCACCUACCUGAUAGCUUACCUCCGCGCGCAGAUCUACUACAUGCACCAUCUUAAGCUCGACCUCCAGUUCCGCUACUGGCACAGUGUACAGAACCCCGAACGUCAAGGUGAGCUUCAAACAAGUAUUGAUGAAUGGCGAGUCCUCCUCAAGGAGGGUAGGUGUUUCUUGAAGAAGGCGGGAGAGAUCAAGAUCAGGCAGUGGACGCAGCUUGAGAGGGCAAGGACCCGGGUAGCAACGAUUCUUAUGAAGGAAUAUAUCUUUAGAGUGGCAGAGAUGUAUCUUGCUCUGAUAAAAUCGAGGAGAGGCGGCUAA